ACUAUUUCUGAGCAAAUCACGAAUCACUUUGCCGCAAAGGUUCCACCCACUUUAGAGUACGGAAGUUAGGUUGAUCCACAGCGACAAGCAGGAUUUCGCUGUUCAAGGCAACGAGAAGUACAAUCCGACUUUGCAAGUGGCUGUCUACCUGUCAUUCUUAUCGUUACACGGUGUCAUUCAGCUACAAUACUAAAGUGCCAUCAGUGAGAAUGCCCCUCACGAACAAGUCCAAAAACGCUGAAUGCAGUGCAGCCCUGGCGCCUGGUUCGGAUCGGGGAGAGGGACAUCAGCUCUCACAACCAAGAGACCAGGAUGUGCCUCCCGGGGAUGGUGGUGGAGAAGACAGUCAAGGAGAUCCAGAAAUUGUUAAAUCUCCCAGUGACCCAAAGCAGUACAGGUACAUUGUUCUUGGUAACGGCUUGAGAGCUCUCCUUAUCUCAGACUUCAGCGGCAAGGUGGCCUCCGAGGACGAUGAAGAAUCUGAGGAGGAGGAAGAGCAGGAGGAGGAAGAGGGGAGUGCUGAGGAGGGUGACUCGGGAGAAGGCACCGACGAAGAGUCAGAGGAAGGAGAUGAUGAACAGGACAGUGACUUUGAGGACCUGGAUGAUGAAAAUGACACGAGAAAGAAGAAAGCAAGCUCUGAAAAACAGUCUGCUGCUGCACUCUGCAUUGGCGUGGGGAGCUUCAGCGACCCCAAUGACCUGCCAGGACUAGCCCAUUUCCUUGAACACAUGGUGUUUAUGGGCAGUGAGAAGUAUCCAUCAGAAAAUGGCUUUGAUGCAUUCCUGAAAAAACAUGGCGGUAGUGAUAAUGCCUCCACCGACUGUGAGAGGACGAUAUUCCAGUUUGAUGUGCAGAGGAAACACUUCAAAGAAGCCCUUGAUAGGUGGGCACAGUUCUUCAUAUGUCCGUUGAUGAUCAAAGAUGCCAUUGAAAGAGAGGUGGAAGCUGUGGACAGCGAGUACCAGCUGGCAAAGCCAUCUGACUCCCAUCGUAAGGAGAUGCUGUUCGGUGGUCUGGCCAGGGACAACCACCCCAUGGGAAAGUUCUGCUGGGGAAAUGCGGAGACUUUGAAGCAUGAACCUAAAAGACAGAAGAUCAACGUUUAUAAGCGUCUUCGCGAGUUCUGGAAGAGAUACUAUUCGGCGCAUUACAUGACCUUAGCAGUGCAGUCUAAAGAGAAGUUGGACACACUAGAAGAAUGGGUGCGGGAGAUCUUCAGUAAGGUUCCAAACAACGGUCAGCCACAACCAAACUUCUCUGAGUUGGUGGAUCCUUUUGACACCCCGGCUUUCAACAAGCUUUACAGAGUGGUGCCUGUCAGAAAAGUUCACGCCCUCACCAUCACCUGGGCCCUGCCUCCUCAGGAAAAACAUUACAGGGUAAAACCCCUCCAUUACAUAUCUUGGCUAAUCGGCCACGAAGGAACUGGCAGCAUUCUGUCUUUGCUGAGGAAAAAGUGCUGGGCUCUGGCUCUCUUUGGGGGUAACAGCGAAACCGGCUUUGACCAGAACACCACCUACUCCAUCUUCAGCGUCUCCAUCACACUGACUGACGAGGGCUUCCAGAAUUUCUAUCAGGUGGUCCACUUGGUGUUCCAGUACAUGAAAAUGCUACAGACCCUGGGGCCCCAGCAGAGAAUAUAUGAGGAAAUUCAAAAGAUUGAAGCAAAUGAGUUCCACUAUCAGGAACAGACAGAUCCAAUUGAAUAUGUGGAGGACAUCUGUGAAAACAUGCAGCUGUUUCCGAAGGAGGACUACCUGACAGGAGACCAGCUUAUGUUUGAGUUCAAACCAGAGGUCAUCUCUGCUGCUCUGUCCCUGCUGACCCCAGACAAGGCCAACCUGAUGCUGUUGUCCCCAGAGCACGAGGGCCAGUGUUGCCUGAGGGAGAAGUGGUUUGGCACGCAGUACAGCAUCGAGGAUGUCCAGAAGGAGUGGACCGAGCGCUGGACAGGCGAUUUUGAACUGAGCCCAGAGUUGCAUCUCCCAGUUGAAAACAAAUUCAUUGCAACCGAUUUUACGCUGAAAACAUCGGACUGUCCUGACACAGAAUAUCCUGUUAGGGUGGUCAACAGUGAUAGAGGAUGUCUUUGGUAUAAGAAGGACAACAAGUUCAAGAUACCAAAAGCAUAUAUCCGGUUCCACUUAAUCUCACCUGUGAUUCAGAAGUCUGCUAAAAACCUGGUGUUAUUCGACCUCUUUGUGAACAUCCUGACGCACAACCUGGCCGAGCCAGCAUACGAGGCUGAUGUGGCACAGCUGGAGUAUAAGCUGGUGGCCGGGGAGCACGGCCUAGUCAUCAAGGUCAAGGGCUUCAACCACAAGCUACCUCUGCUGUUCAACCUGAUCGUGGACCACCUGGCAGACUUCAGCGCAGCUCCUGAUGUGUUCACCAUGUUUGCUGAGCAGCUCAAGAAGACCUACUUCAACAUCCUAAUAAAGCCAGAGAAGCUAGGAAAGGACGUACGGUUGCUGAUCCUAGAACACGCACGCUUGUCCAUGAUCCAGAAGUACCAGGCUGUAGUGGACGGCCUCACUGUUGCUGACCUCAUGGACUUUGUCGGCGGGUUCAAGUCCGAGCUGUACGCUGAGGGCCUGGUGCAGGGCAACUUCACUAGCAGGGAAUCAAUGGAGUUUCUGCAGUAUGUUACAGAGUGGGGAGGAGGACGUAGAAUGCACAUGGAGGAGCCAUGUUUUGACUUCCUGAGGACGAAAGAGACGCUUGGGUAUCACGUGUACCCCACCUGUCGCAACACCUCUGGGGUCUUGGGCUUCUCCGUCACUGUGGAGACGCAGGCGACCAAGUUCAACACAGAGCUAGUUGAGACGAAGAUUGAGGAGUUUCUGGUGAGUUUCGGGGAGAAGAUGACUGCCCUGAGCGAUGAGGCUUUCAAGACGCAGGUGACAGCACUCAUCAAGCUGAAGGAGUGUGAGGACACACACCUGGGUGAGGAGGUGGACAGGAACUGGGCGGAGGUGGUCACCCAGCAGUACGUCUUUGACAGACUCAACCGAGAGAUUGAUGCUCUCAAGCUGAUGACGAAGGCUGAGCUGGUUUCCUGGUUCAUGGAGCACCGUGGCCAAACCAGCAAGAAGCUGAGUGUUCAUGUGGUGGGCUUUGGGGUAGAGGAGAAUGACCCACCCAGUGAGGAGCACCCCAGCGAAGAAGGAGCAGGUGGUGACGACGGUGGCGUCAUCAAGUGCUCCGCCUCUUCCUCCUACGGCGAGGUGUCAAAGCUCACCUUCCUGCCCAUCUCCCCGAAGCUGGCCUCGGCCACCGUCAUCACGGACAUCCGCACCUUCACCGCCACUCUGCAACUCUACCCCUACCACAAGAUCCUCAAAUAGGCACAGCCGCCACCUCAGCGACCGACACAAGCACCCAGUCCCUGCUCCACCAUCAUCCACCACCGCCACCACCUCUCCACUCACACGCUCACAGAAUAACACCACCAGGUGGCUCACAGGCGACUUGGACAGUGGAGACGGCGAGUUUAAGAGAAACGGAAACCCCUUGUCACUCGCCCUUGUUGUGUGAUCAGUCCAUUGACACAACCUACUUGACAAAAUUUGGGGAAAUUUAGAAAAGAAAAGUUGUGUGUAUUUUACUGAUAUCCUCUAUAUCUGCUGUGUUUUGUUUGUACUAAUGCAUUGGCUCUCUAUUACACCACUACUGGAGGUGGAUCUGGCCUUGCUAUCAUGUCAGCCAGUAGGUGAUCACAGACUUGGUUCUGCGUAUUCGUGGGCAUUCCUGAAGAGGUGAAGCUGCAUGAGCAAAAUUAGAUGGCGAGAUCCCAGUUCAUCAUUUGCAUAACUUCAGCUUGUGAAUAUGACUGGCUUCAAGGUCACUGCUUAAAUGAGGAGUGUUCAUGAUACUUAUUAAAAGUGCAUUAAGCAUGG